AUGUUCCUCGAUUUCAAGAGUGCGUUCGAUUCAGUCGAUCGAUCGGUUCUGUUCGAAAUACUUGCGCAGAAUGGUGUUCCCACGAAAUAUGUGAACAUCUUUCGUGCUCUAUACUCGAACACUACAGACCGCGUCAGGGUCUACAGUGACCUAUCUGAUAGGUUUCCGACCACAAGUGGCGUUCGUCAGGGUUGUCCGAUUUCCCCAUUUUUGUUCAAUUUCAUCGUGGAUUCUAUCAUGGAGUGUUCCCUUGCGGAAUCUCAUGAUGUAGACAUUGAAGUGCUGCAUGUUGAAAGGUUGGUUGAUCUAAAUUAUGCGGACGAUAUCGUCUUGCUUUUCGACGAUAUUGCGGCGGCGUAA